ACAUUCACGGAAGUCACUGCCAGUGUGCCGGUUUGAAAAGACACAGUUCAUUGUUAUUUGUAGCUUUGCCUUUUUUAAUGAAAAAUUACAAAGGGUGUGGGUGUAACUAAAGUGUUUAGUGUAGCCAUGGCAGAGGAAGCCCUACUGGCACGUGCCAAGGCUUUGGAAGAAGAGGUGGAUAGAUUGAAAGAGCUACUGAAAGCAGAGAAAGAUGGAGCUGGGGUUGGAGAGAGGGCUAAAGCAUCACCCAGUCUUCAUUCAGAGCACCUAAAAAGUCAACAAAGUGAAGAAAACAGGAGCAAAGGAAAGAAACGAGGAGCAGAGAGGCCCUUUGAUUUCUCCGCCCACCCUUGUCGGCAUGUGGCACUGCGGCUGGCAUAUCUCGGCUGGCAGUAUCAAGGCUUCGCUGUCCAGGAAAACACAGACAACACUGUGGAAGCCCGACUUUUUGAGGCACUGCUGAAAACUAAACUGAUACAAGACAGACAGACUUCCAACUAUCACCGCUGUGGCCGUACGGAUAAAGGUGUCAGUGCUUUCUCUCAGGUUAUAUCCAUUGACCUGCGUUCCUUAAAGUAUGAAGGGGGUUUAGGUGUGACUGUCCCUGUUGGCGUGGUGGCCAAAGGCAAAGCUGCAUCAGAAGAAUUACCAUACGUGAAGAUGCUAAACAGGGUCCUGCCUCCGGACAUUAGGAUACUGCAAUGGGCUCCUGUAGAUACCGGCUUCAGUGCACGCUUUGACUGUCAGUCCAGAACCUACAGAUACUACUUUCCUCGUGGAGACUUGGAUGUGGAACUCAUGGCUGAGGCCGCCAAACGGUAUGAGGGCACACAUGACUUCAGGAACCUCUGUAAGAUGGACGUGGGUAAUGGAGUCUUACAGUUUCAAAGAACCAUCCUGUCUGCCACCGUUCAGCCAGCCCAACUCAACUCCACCUGCCCUCAUGACCCUCACCAGCUCUAUGUGUUUCAGGUCAAAGGUCUCGCUUUCCUGUAUCACCAGGUUCGCUGUAUGAUGGCUUUGCUGCUGCUUAUUGGACAGAGGCUUGAAGCUUCAGAAAUCAUUGAUCAGCUGCUGGAUGUGGAGAAAAACCCAAGGAAACCUCAAUACAGUAUGGCGGUGGAUUACCCGCUGGUGCUUUAUGACUGUCAUUUCGAGGGUGUGAACUGGAGGACAGAACCUGAGGAGGAGAACCAUGUCUUGAACUCUCUGCACCAACACUGGGUUCAGACCGCAGUCAAGACCCAAGUUCUGCUCGGCAUGAUCCAGGGCCUUCAGAGCACAGCCACAGGUGAGACAACGUCCUCUCUGCAGUGUUGGCUAAUGGAAGGUUCCAGACAGAGGAAGUACCAGCCUCUUCUAGAGCGGCCACGCUGUGAGAGUUUAGAGUCCAAGAUCCAGCACUUUGUGAAGAGAGGACGACUGGAACAAGAGGAAGGAGAGAAUGGGCAGGAGACCACUGUGUUCAGGGGGAAACGAUCAAAAAAUUCCCACCAAACAACAACAAACCGACUCCAAGAGCAAAACCAAGGAGCAAAAACUGAGGAUUGCCCCUUACAAAACAUGUAAACUUGGAGUAAAGAACAUAAGUUUUCCUGAUUUCACAUUUAAUGUGUGUGAAAAAUGAUUUGAAGUCAUCAACAGAAACCUUUAUUUUUUAUUUCUUAGCACCACAAUUAUUUUAUUUUCUAAGCUCCAGAAGAAAAUAUUUUAUUAAAGGAUUGCUCUGUAUUGUGUGAAUUUUAAUUUGGACGUAAGACAAUGUCCCUGUUCUUCACACAAACUAGAUCAGAGUGGAGAAACCUUAGCUGCGUUAGAAAUUGCUUAAUGUCAGAGCAUGUACUGCAUUUGAUGAAGAACACAUUUUUCAGCCGGUGAACAAAAGUAUGCUUUUUAGAUAUGCAGGUGAAUAGUAUGAAUACAUUCCGGAAAUAUUUCAUCCAGCACGUGGGCAUUGUCUUGUGACCCGAUUGUAUGACGUAGCAACAACAGCUGCAAAAAUAAUCUACUCUGGUUUUGUUUCACAAGCUCAAUUUAACCGCAAGGAACUACUGUCUUGGUAUAUAAAGCACUUGCAGUUCUCCGCCGUAGAUUUUUUUUCUAAAUUCAGCAUUUUGAAUGUGAGCUCCCGAGGCAUUAUGGCAUCGUAAAGUGUCCAGUUAACGCACACUACCAAAUCUUGCCAGAAAUAGUAGGUCAUCCGUGUGUUUCUCACAUACUGUUUUACGAAUACGGAGGGUUCAGACACCCUACUCCAUUGGCAUACUGGUUUUGGCAUGCUUUAUAGUAGGGAAGUAUGCAUAUUCAGAUGCAGGUCUAGUGUGCUGAUGACCAUUUAUACAAUGUUGAAUUAAUGUUUACUAAAUUGACUGACUUUAUUAAAGCAAUCACUAGGUUUUGUUACUUGUUACAGGACCUGCUUGAAAAUUCUGCCAUUUACUCAGUUGUUCAAAACGUGUGAACGUGUCAAUGUGACUUCCUUGCGCGGAACACAAAAGCAUUAGAAUUAUAGCGACUAAUUCCUCAGUCACCAUUCACUUUCAGUGCACCUUGUUUUCCGUACAAUGAAAGUGAAUGGUGACCGAGGCUGUCAAGACACAAAAUGCCAAAAAGCACCAUGAAAGUAGUCCAUAUAAGUCAUUCUGCCAACAUCUCCUUUUGUUUUUCACAGAACAAAGAAAGUCAUACAGGUUUAGAAUAACAUGAGGAUGAGUAGCCUAAAUGUUGACACAAUUUUCAUUUUUGGCUGAACCAUCCUUUUAAGUAAGCCUUUCAACUAAGCAUCUAAAACUCAGAGAAGAACCAAGGUGUUGAGUAUUUAUAAAAUGAUAAAUUGUAUACAAAAAUGUUAGAGAAUUACAAUAUAGCUAGCCAACAAUAUUAAAGAGAGUAUUGUAACAACUACAAAAUGAACCCUUUCAAAAUUUCACAAAACCUAGCAAGUCCAAGGAGAAGUUGUUGAAAGAAAUAUCAAUCUCAAAGGUUGCAAGGUGUUUCCCGUCCAUGAUUUAGUGGCUUGUGUGAUCAAAUCUGAUUUUAAGGGUGCCUGUAGACCACAAUCUAGACUCUUUCAGCUGUGAACAACAUGAAGGAUGACAUUAAAAUGCAUUGUGUUACCAUUUUCAUUUCCUCUUAUCUGUCAACAGCAAAUUAACUGCAUUUAUGUCUUAUUAGGAAGUCUGUGUCAGAAAUAUUUUACAUGGUAUACUGCAAGGCAAAAGAAAAUAUAUACAAAUGUGUAUAUCUAUAUACUUACACUUGCAUUGCCCAAGGGUAGCAUCCAUUUGUUUUCUCGAGAUCUUUCGCUUUCAAUUCCGAAAUGAUAGACGACAACAGUCACUUUUCUCUUUAACCUUCUAAUUGUGGUAUUCUUCAAUUUCAGCUGUUUUCUGCAAGCCUCAAGCUUGCGCUGGACAAAGUUCAAAUGUUUUUUUAGUGUCUCUGGUGAUUCGGCCUCCAUGUGGAUAUCAUCCAUGGAUGAAACAGAACGAUAACAGUGAUCAUGCCAAACUGAAAUGACACACAUUUCACUGGGGAAAUUCUCUGCAAACCCACUUUCUUCAGGCUUUUCAACAACUUGUUUCGGUGAAAUCUUCUGUGGUAACCCCUUUGAGACAGUAUGUAUGAAAUCCCUCGCUUGAUGGAUCACAGCACCCACUUCCACCUGUGUUUACUAUUGUACUACUUUCCAAAUACUUUGUCUUUACCCUGGUGCAUUGUGGCUGCUUUUGCACGCUGUCAGGGAAGGAAAAUAUGGUUGGUACAGCAGAGAUUGUAAGGCGCACUUGGCCAUGAGUGUUUGUAAAGAAACAGUCAUCUUUAAACCGUUAUACUGGAACAUACACCAGAAGAUGGAGAUGGCUUGAAUUUGUCACAUCUAAUGUUCACAACCACUUCUGCAGUCUAGAUUUAUCAGCUAAAGGGAAACCGUGAUGGAUGGACAAGAGAGCAAGAGUAUGAUUAGACACAACACAACAACUCACAUAUAGGCUAGUCUUUGUUCAGGAUGAGCAAAUCAACAGUAAAAUUCUUGUACUGGACAAACAGCACAUUAUGUUGGAUGUCUUAAAGGAAUAGUUCAACCAAAAAAGAAAUUGGUCAUCGUUUACUCACCUUCAUCUUUUACCAAACCAUAUCUUGUGUAUGACAUGUUUCUGUGGAAUACAAAAGGCGAAAUGUUGAAAACGGGUCGUUCUUUUCCAUACAAUUAAAGUGAAUGGGGACUGGGGAUGUCAAGUUCCAAAUUACAAAUAAAGGCGUCAGUACAACUCAUCCACAGAGCUACAGAAAUUGGUAAGAUUUUCAGUGAAUAACGACUUAGCUUUUUGUGAGAAACCGCCCAAAAUGUAUCAUACUGCUUCAUAAGAUUUGGAAUAUAGCACACAAGUUCUAUGGACUACUGUCAUGAUUCCUUUAUGGUGCAUGUUUUGUCAUUUUGGAGCUUGACAGCCCAAGUCCCCAUUCACAUUCAUUAUGUGGAAAAGGGCAGCUAGGUUAUUCUUCGAAAAUUCACCUUUCUACAAAAGUCAUACUGAAAUUGCAGAAUUUUCAUUUUUGGGUGAACUAAAACAUUCAAACACCAAUAGUGACGCUGUAUUUAAAAGAUGUUUAAGUGGUAAUCAAACAAAGUACCUAUUAAUCACUAAGAAUAAAACAUUUACUCUUGUUGUGUGGCCUGGGCGAUCAAAUUAAACUACAUACCUUAA